GCCGCCCGCCCAGCCGCUCCCCGCCCCCGGCGCGGGUAAGAUGGCGGCCGCGGCUCAGGCGCUGAGCGGCUCGGGGCUGCUUUUGGCCGCCGCCGCCCUCGCCCUCCUGGCCGUGGCCAUCGGCACCGACUCCUGGUACCAGACGGACGCGCGGCGGCACCGCGAGCGCUGCCGGGGCUUCGGCCACAAGCGCAGCGACCCGCCCGGCUCCAUGUCGGCGCCCAGCCCGCACCUGCCGCUCCGCGCCCGCCCCCCGCGGGCCCUGCUGCCCGGCCACCCCCCGGCCUCGGCCCCGGCCCCGGCCGCCGCCGCCCUGGACUCGCACUGCGGCCGCCGCUUCAACUCCACCGUGUCCGGGCUCUGGAGGCGCUGCCACCGCAGGGGGUACGAGCCAGACAGCGAGGAGCUCAUCCGGAAAGGAGUUAUUCAGCGCUGCACUGCUGUGAAGUACCAUUACACCUCAUCCUCUCUGCCACGCAACUUACCCAUCAAUAUUACCAACAUCAUCCGGCAGGACGAGUGGCAUGCUCUCCAUCUGCGGAGAAUGACAGCUGGUUUCAUUGGCAUGGCAGUCUCCAUCAUCCUGUUUGGCUGGAUCAUUGGUAUGCUGGGCUGCUGUAAACAGCACGAGCUCAUGCAAUAUGUGGCAGGGCUGCUCUUCCUCAUGGGAGGUACAUGCUGUAUCAUCUCACUCUGUACCUGUGUGGCUGGGAUUAAUUUUGAGUUGUCUCGCUAUCCUCGCUAUGUCUAUGGGCUACCAGAGGAUAUCAGCCAUGGCUACGGCUGGUCCAUGUUCUGUGCCUGGGGAGGCCUAGGACUUACUCUUUUGGCUGGAUUCCUCUGCACGCUGGCCCCCUCACUCAAUGCCUCUCGUACUGCUGUACAGAAACCCCGACAGGAAAAUGGAGCUGUGUGACCUUGAAGGGUGCAGGAGAAGAGACUCCAGCAAGCACAGCCUAUGUAAAACUGGGUUAACAGCACCAUGGACAUUUCUGCCCCAUUGCUGAGGGUGGUGCACACCUGUGGAACAAACUAGGGAUGGUAAAGGUUUUUAGCCAAGUCCUGGGGUUCUCUUGCUACAAAAUUUCUGUCAGACUCUGCAACAAGCUGGGGUUGACGUCUCAGUGAUUUGCUCAUUGAUUUAAGAGGAGUUUCUUUUAUAUACAAGGGAUUCUCUCCUGUUUAGUUGAAACACUAACUGCAGCUCUUUUGUUCUAGUCCAGUUGUGGAGGAUUCUUGUCCAUUAUAAAUGUAUAGCUGCAGAGUUUGUGUAAUGCUGACCACCCUUCCAGCUGGCUUGGCCUCCAGCAGUUUGGCUCAGCCCUCCAUUUUCCAAAAGAGCCUGGAGAUCUAAAUAAUGGGUCAGGCAAAGGGCAAUUCAUCCAUCCUCAGUAUUGAUAGAUCUGCUGCUGCUGGCCACUACUGAACUUGCUUGGAAAGACAGCAGGAGUUAAACAAACCAGCCUUCCCCUUCUUCAGGGACGGGGGGAGUUGGUCCACUGCUCUCUACAUCAGGCCCUUCCUGCAGUUGAAGUCAGUCACUUCUUUGCCAGUUAAUGCACAUGACCCUAGGAGCUACAAGCAACAUUCAUUCACUGUGGAAUUGUUCCACAAGGGGAGAGAGGUGCAUUUCUGUGGCAGUGGUUUCAGCUCCUGGGAUCAACCUCAAGGACCCAGCCUACCUGCAAGGAAAGAGCUCCCUGUGAAAAGAGUUGAUAGCUUUUACUGUUGAGCUUAGAGGGAGACACUGCUCUAUCUUCAUGGUGGCAGCGUAACAGUAGUUUGUUGCAGUAUUACCGGAAGAUUUAUUUUCCCCAGAAAGCUUGGCUUAUGCUCCUUUCAUACACUGGCCCUAGUUGUCCAUGUGGGAUAUAUCAGCUGUGCACAGUUCAGUUGAUUCCAUGUCCUGUAAUCAGCACUAAGGCUAACUCAGGAACAUGAGCCAAGCUACAUGUAAAGUUUUCUUUCAUACAUACCUCCUGCUGCUCCCCCACGAGGUGCAGUGGGAGAGGGAUGUGUUUCUCUACCACAACUGAGUGGUAUGUAAGAUAAGCAGUGCUAAAGUCAUUAUAUUUAUAAAGUGUCAUUUUUAAAUGGAGGCUGUGAUUCUCAACUGGCAUUAAAGUACUGAAAAACUUGAA